UUUGGCUUCUCUGUAAACUAGACCUAUCUUCUUCACUCUCCAGUCUUCGGACCGCGCCAGGGCAGAUCCACGCCGGUCGCACAAUCGAACCUCGAUAGCACGACUCGACACUCAGGAGUCUGACAACCUGAUCACCGUCCAGUUGUCCGGUGGUUCAGCCGAAUCAGCCGUCGUCCAGACUCCAGACGAUUUUAGCAAAGGGAAGCUUGGAAACUUUUACCAUGGCCAUUCCACAGGAGCUAUAUCCAAGUCAGGAUGAUCUGCUCUACGAGGAAGAACUACUUCGCAAUCCGUUCAGCUUAAAGUUAUGGUGGCGAUACCUAAUCGCCCGAACAGAUGCGCCGUUCAAGAAACGAGCAAUCAUCUAUGAACGAGCACUGAAGGCUCUCCCAGGAAGCUAUAAACUUUGGUAUGCGUACCUCCGUGAGCGCCUGACCCUGGUUAGAAAUCUCCCAAUUACUCACUCGCAAUACCAAACACUAAAUAACACCUUCGAGAGAGCUCUUGUCACUAUGCACAAAAUGCCAAAGAUUUGGAUAAUGUACCUUCAAUCCUUGACGGAGCAGAAGCUAGUAACGCGCACUCGCCGCUCAUUUGACAGGGCCUUAUGCGCGCUGCCGGUUACACAACAUGAUCGUAUUUGGGAACCCUAUUUGGUUUUUGUCAGCCAAAAAGGUGUCCCGGUUGAGACAUCCCUUAGGGUUUAUAGGAGAUAUCUAACGUAUGAUCCUAGCCACAGAGAGGAUUUUAUUGAAUUUUUGGUGAAUUCGGGUCUUUGGCAAGAGGCUUCUGAGAGGUUGGCGGGGGUUUUGAAUGAUGACCAAUUUUUUUCGAUUAAGGGGAAGACAAAACAUAGGUUGUGGCUUGAGCUGUGUGAUUUGCUUACCCAACACUCGAAGGAGGUUUCUGGUUUAAAUGUGGAUGCCAUAAUUAGGGGAGGGAUUAAGAAGUUUACUGAUGAGGUAGGGAGACUUUGGACUUCUCUUGCUGAUUAUUACAUCAGGAGGAACUUGGUGGAGAAGUCUAGGGAUAUAUUUGAGGAGGGGAUGACAACUGUUGUGACAGUUAGGGAUUUUAGUGUUAUUUUUGACGCUUACUCCCAGUUUGAAGAGAGUAUGCUUGCUUUGAAGAUGGAAGAAGCUGACGAAGAAGAUGACUACAUUGAUGAAGAUGAAAGCGAUGACGACGACGAUGAUGAUCGCUUGGAUGUGGCAAAGCUUGAGAAGAAAUUCAAAUCAUUUUGGUUGGUUCAGGAUAAUGAUGUUGAUUUGAGAUUGGCAAGAUUGGAGCAUUUAAUGGAUAGGAGGCCAGAACUGGCCAAUAGUGUCCUCCUUAGGCAAAAUCCGCAUAAUGUCGAGCAGUGGCAUCGCAGAGUGAAACUUUUUGAGGGUAAUCCUACAAAACAGAUAUUGACUUAUACUGAAGCGGUUAGGACUGUAGAUCCCAUGAAAGCUGUUGGAAAGCCUCAUACCCUGUGGGUUGCUUUUGCUAAGUUGUAUGAGAACCACAAUGAUUUAAAUAAUGCUAGGGUCAUUUUUGAUAAGGCGGUUCAGGUGAAUUACAAAACAGUUGAUAACCUGGCUAGUAUUUGGUGCGAAUGGGCUGAGAUGGAGCUGAGGAAUAAGAACUUUAAGGGGGCACUGGUGUUGAUGAGGCGUGCCACAGCAGAGCCUUCUGUUGAAGUUAAACGAAGAGUGGCCGCUGACGGUAAUGAACCUGUGCAGAUAAAGAUACACAAAUCCUUGAGGCUCUGGACAUUUUAUGUUGAUUUGGAAGAAAGUCUUGGUACAUUGGAAAGCACUCGAGCAGUUUAUGAAAGGAUACUUGACCUAAGGAUAGCCACUCCACAGAUCAUAAUUAACUAUGCCAUGCUUUUGGAGGAGCACAAAUAUUUUGAGGAUGCUUUUAAGGUAUAUGAAAGAGGCGUAAAGAUCUUCAAAUAUCCUCAUGCAAAAGAUAUAUGGGUCACCUAUCUUUCCAAGUUUGUUAAAAGAUAUGGGAAAUCAAAGCUGGAACGUUGUAGAGAGUUGUUUGAGCAUGCGGUUGAAGUGGCUCCGGCUGAAUCUGUAAAGGCAUUAUACAUGCAAUAUGCUAAACUAGAAGAAGACCAUGGCCUUGCGAAAAGUGCUAUGAAGGUAUACGAUCAAGCCACCAAGGCAGUCCCACCACAUGAGAAACUGAGCAUGUAUGAAAUAUACAUAGCUCGUGCAGCCGAGAUAUUUGGUGUUCCAAAAACAAGGGAAAUAUAUGAACAAGCCAUAGAAUCCGGUCUUCCUGAGAAAGAUGUGAAGACGAUGUGCAUGAAGUAUGCUGAAUUGGAGAAGAGUCUAGGAGAGAUUGAUCGUGCUCGUGGUGUUUACGUUUAUGCUUCCCAGUUUGCAGAUCCGCGAUCAGAUUUGGAUAUUUGGGACAAGUGGAAUGAAUUUGAGGUCCAACAUGGUAAUGAAGACACCUUCCGAGAAAUGCUUAGGAUUAAGCGUAGCGUUUCAGCUAGUUAUAGCCAGACACAUUUCAUCCUGCCAGAGUAUUUGAUGCAAAAAGACAACAAACCAAGCCUCGAUGAAGCAAUGGAUGCAUUGAAGAAAGCCGGGCUUCCGGAAGAUGAAAUGGCUAAUUUAGAGAGACAUCUUCUUGUUGAACCAGAAUCAGUAGCAGCAUCAGCAGCUUCUAAAGAUGUUGCUGUUGAUGGUCCUAGGAAAGUUGGUUUUGUAAGCGCUGGAGUGGAAACCAGGACAGAGGGUGGUUUAAAAGUUACUGCCAACCAUGAAGAUAUCGAGUUGCCAGAUGAAAGCGAUUCCGAAGAAGAAGAAGAAGAAGGAAGGGUUGAGAUUGCCCAGAAAGAUGUACCAUCUGCUGUCUUUGGCGGUUUGAUCAGGAAAAGAGACAAAGAAGAUGGCAAAGAUGAUGUUGAUGCUGAGCCCAAAGAAAAAGACGACGAUGCUCCUCUUGGUGCAAUUGAGAGAUUCAAAAGGCGAAGAAAAGGAGUGUGAUGAUGCGGCACUCUUAUUGUUAAUGUCUGUUAAUUUGUUGACGUGGCCAUCCUAAUUGGGAAAUGUUAAUUUGGAGAUAUAUGGAUUAGCCUGAAAUAGAGUAUGUAAUGUGUAUUUGGCCUUUGUUUUCCUCUUAUUUGGUAAAAGGUUUUCAGUUUCUUUCUUAGGCAGACAAAAUUUGUAUCUUUAAUAUUUCAAAACCAAUUUUGCAUAUACAACAUUGUAUGUUAUUUUAUUUUUGCUAAGUUUCAAACAUUUAUAUGGAUUAUAAUUU